GAACUCUGCUGUGGUUUGGGUCUGUUUCUUUUUGGCAAGUAAUCCCCCAAAGCUGGUUGAAGAUGACCAAGCUUACACUAUUUGCAGGCUUAUGCCUGGUGCUAUGUCAGCUCGGCUCUGCCACUCAGAUGAUUUGCUAUUUCACCAACUGGUCCCAGUACAGGCCUGGUGAUGGGAAGUUCCUGCCCCAAAAUGUGGACCCCUUCCUCUGCACCCACCUGAUCUAUGCCUUUUCCAUUAUCAACCACGCGAACGAGUUGGUCACCUACGAGUGGAAUGACGACGUGCUCUACAAGGCCUUCAAUGCCCUCAAGACAAAGAAUCCUCAUCUGAAGACUCUGUUAGCUGUUGGUGGAUGGAAUUUCGGCUCUACCCAGUUCUCCAUCAUGGUGUCCAAUGCAGCCAACCGCCAGAAGUUCAUCCAGUCUUCUAUUAAAUUCCUGAGGACCCAUGGCUUUGAUGGUCUGGAUCUGGACUGGGAGUACCCAGGAGCACGUGGAAGCCCCCCAGAAGACAAGCAGAGGUUCACUCUGCUGUGCAGGGAACUUGUGCAAGCCUAUGCAGCUGAGGCCAGGUCAACAGGUCAACCUCAGCUCAUGCUAACUGCUGCAGUGUCUGCUGGAAAAGGAACCAUCGAUGGUGGAUAUGAGAUCGCUGAGAUCGCAAAAGAGCUAGAUUUUAUCAAUGUGAUGACCUAUGAUUUCCAUGGAACGUGGGAGACUUUCACUGGGCACAACAGUCCACUGUACCGUGGUUCUAAGGACUAUGGGGACCUCAUUUACUUCAACACUGACUAUGCCAUGAAAUACUGGAGAGACAAUGGCACUCCAGUAGAGAAGCUGAGGAUGGGCUUUGCCACUUAUGGUCGAACUUUCCGCCUGACAUCCUCUGACACUGGUGUAGGAGCUCCAGCCAAUGGUGCUGCAGCUGCUGGACCAUAUACCCGUGAGGCUGGAUUCUGGUCCUACUAUGAGAUCUGUGGAUUUGUGAAAGGCACAGAAAUUAAAUGGAUUGAAGACCAAAUGGUUCCAUAUGCCUCCAAAAACAAUGAGUGGGUAGGAUUUGACACCAAGGACAGCUACGAGAUUAAGGUGCGAUAUCUACAAGAGCAGAAAUUUGGAGGGGCUUUUGUGUGGGCUCUAGAUCUGGAUGACUUCGCAGGACGUUUCUGUGGACAAGGCAGCCACCCUCUGCUCUAUCACCUUCGCAAACUUCUUAACAUUGAGCUGCCCCCACUGCCCCCCACCACCACUCGUGAUCCCAGUGCCACCACCCUGACUACCACCACCACCACCACCACCACUACUCACGCCCCAGGACCGGGCUUCUGCAAUGGCAAACCCGACGGCCUGUACCCCAACCCGGAUGAUAAGAAUGCCUUCUACAUGUGCGCUGGAGGCAUCACUCACCAUCGAAACUGUGGUGCCGGCACAAUCUUCGAUGAUGCGUGCAAGUGCUGCAUCUGGCCAUGAGCAGUGUAAUGACACUGGGAUUAUACAUAUUAUUAUACAUAGAGAGAGAGGAAAAAACUGUAUUUAAAAUGGCAAUGUUUUUAUCAAAUAGUUCAAAAUGUAUAUUCAAACAUUCAAAAUAAGAAAUAUGUGAUAUUGUGCUAGUUUUGCGUCU